AUCGAACACACAUCAUGUCCCCGACUACCUGGCUCGUUACCGGCGCGAACCGCGGCAUCGGCCUCGAGCUCGUGAAGCAGCUCCUCGCCGUCCCCACCAACCUCGUCGUCGCAGCUUCCCGCAACCCCGACAAAGCGACCGCGCUCGCGGAGCUGAAGAGCAGCGCAAAGGGCACGCUCCACCUCGUCCAGCUCGACGUCUCCGACUUCGACAACGUCCGCGCGCUCCCGAAGCAGCUCGAGCCCAUCCUGGGCGCCACCGGGCUCGACUACCUCAUCAGCAACGCCGGAAUCGCGAUCUUCGACACCGCGUUCACGCUCGACCCGGACGCGCUGCUGAACGUCGUGCGCACGAACGCGGCGGGCCCCGCGCUGCUCUCGCAGGUCGUGCUGCCGUUCCUCGAGAAGGCGCCGACGAAGAAGAUCCUGCACAUCUCGAGCACGGCGGGCAGCAUCGCGAGCGUCGCGCAGAUCCCGCCCGCGUUUGCAUCCAACGCGUCGUACCCGAUCUCCAAGGCCGCGUUGAACAUGCUGGCGUAUAAGCAGAAGGUCGAGCGGCCGGACCUCACAGUGAUCACGAUGUGCCCGGGGUGGGUCCAGACAGACAUGGGCGGCGCGGACGCGCAGCUGAAGCCCGAGGAGAGCGUCGCGGGCAUCAUCAAGGUGAUCACCAGCGUCACGAAUGCGGACAGCGGCAAGUACCUACGCCAAAAUGGAGAGGAGAUUCCGUGGUAGAGAGCGAUCGCGAUGUCUCAGCGCCACCAAUUUGUAGCCUUUUGCUGGUAGAAACUUGUAUUACUGUACCUCGAAUUGGGAUGGUUUGAAACCUCGGAGUGAGAGGUGGUAGAU